CCCUGUGUGUGUCUUUUCUCUGCAGACUGACGCAGAUAAUCCUUUGUUGGAGGAUUAAAGCCACGUCCUGGAGGAGGAGGGGAUCCUAUGCGACCUGUAUCUGUGUUUUAAAGCUCCUAACACCUUUAAGGAGACCAUUCCCCUGCUGACUGCAAUGCCUCCCACAAAGAGCUCCAUUCACUGGACUUUAUCAGAGGUGUUUGGGCAGCGGAGGGUUUUGGGGUUCGGAGCUCUGCUGGCAUGGCUCGUCCUCUUCCACCUGCUGGUCAACGUCUGGCUGCUCUGCGUUUUCACCAGUCUCUUGGUGGUCCUCGGCGGUUGGCUGGGGUCCCGCGUCAUACUGGACACAAACAGCUUUCUCCAUCUGGAACACUUUUUGCCUCUUGGCAGUAUGAACCCACCUCUGUACUCACCUGAACAUGAGUGGAGGUUGAACAAUGAGAUCCACAAUGCCGUCCACAAAGCGGUGCGUGACUUUGUGUCUUCGUGGUAUCGAACUCUGCUGCCAGAGGUGGAGGGGGAGUUUGAACGUGCGGUGCGUAACUCGAUGCUGGAGUCAGUGAUGGAACUGAAGGAGCGUGCGCGGCGAGUUGACAGAAAAGCUCUAGUUCAACGGCUGCUGGAGCUUUAUGGUUGUCACCUGCAGAGCUACAUGGCGGCGAGACACAUACAGUCGACGCAGAAGGAGAGCCUGAAUCUGUGGCGGCUCUACAGUGAAGUGGAUGCCCCUCACCCAGCCGUGAGCAGUGCAUCUGCUGAGCUCAGCUACUCCAGGGCCUUAGUUAACCUCGUCUAUGUACUGGUUCCAUACCCUCAGAUGGAAACCAGGACCGGCGGUUACGUGGUUACAGAACUCAUCACCUGUAACGUGCUGCUGCCGCUCAUAAACAGGGUGUCCGAUCCUGACUGGCUCAACCAGACCAUUGUCAACGUCAUCACCAAGUCCAGAGAACCACAGGAAAUCAAUAUGGAUGAGUUCCCAGCUGCACCUGGACUAUACAGAUGUGAUGUUCAGAAUGAGUCCUGGAUCACCUGCAAGUCUCUGUCAUCGUCUGAUCCAGCCAGCUUCACCAGCAGAAGCUCCUCUGAUCAGGACGAUCCGCAGAGCACCAUGUCUGAGAGAGACUCCUCCCAGAGCAGCAUGGUGAGCCUGAUGUCUGCGGGGAAUGUGGAAGGUUGUCCCGCAGGUUUGCCCUCACCGUGCAAAGUGAACUGCUGUUCCCUCGCGCCCGGCCAUUUCUCCCCCUCGAUAAAGUCCAAAAGGAUUUUAUAUGACUCCUUAAUCCAGACGGACUCAGAAGACGACCUGACAGGAGGCUUUUGUGAAUGUGGCCCUCCAACAAACUUCUGCAACGUGAUGAAUUUUAAGGAUGAUGAGGCGUUCGGUUGCUUUGGUCCACUGAAGAACCUUGGGGCGAAGGUGGUGUUGCCCGAGGAAUCCCAGUGGCCAGCAGGAAUAGCCCUAGGGAAACCCCAGCCAUGUUCUCCAAAAAUAUUCUCUCUGACCCCCUGCGACUUUGACACCACGAACACCCAAGCUGCACCAAUGAACAUCCAGAACGUGCAGAUUUCUGGCACUAUCAAUGCAGUAGAGCAGCGCGGCACAAGCAUACAUCCCUAUACUCUUUACACUGUAAAGUUUGAGAAAAUGGGCGAAACGGAAAACGGUGGCUCUCCACAACCGGCUUCCUGUCACACUGUCAACCGGAGAUAUAGCGAGUUCCUCAACUUGCAAACACGUCUGGAGGAGAAACCCGAAGUCAAGAAAGUUAUCAAGAAUGUCAAAGGUCCAAAGAAAAUGUUCCCUGACCUCCCGUUUGGCAAUGCAGAGUGCGACAAGGUGGAAGCCCGUAAAAGCCAGCUGGACACAUUCCUGAAACAAUUAAGCUGUAUCCCUGAGACAUCCAACAGUGAGGACAUGCAGGAGUUCCUGGCUCUAAACUCAGACGCCUGCACAUAUUUUGAAGAAAGAAGAAGACCUUUAGUCAAGUCAAGGAUUGAUAAGAUGAUGGAAAAUGCUUUGGACACCUUGAAGACAGCUUUUCCUCAUCCUGAGCCUCUCAGCCCAACGGAGGACCUUGAGGGAGAUUCUGAUGGAAAAACAAUGGAGAGUAGAAAGUACAGCAGGAGGCAUAUGUUCCCAAGCAAAAUUUCACCAGUUCUCAAUAUACCUGACCUGUACCCUAAAGUGUCGUACUGCUUUAGUGAAGGCAGCGCUGUCCUCAAUGGUAUGUCCCUGUCUGGCCUGGAGAACUUUGUCCAAGAGCAGGAGAGACUUUUAUGUGGUUUGAAUGGCAAAGAGGCAGCCAGACAGAAAUGUGAGAAGCCUGGGAAAGACAGAAAGACUUCUUGGAAAACUCAUGGCACAGACACGGCUGUGGCAGACGUUGCUUUGAACAUUUUGUGUCUGCUGAUGAAGGACCAGUGGAGCUGGCUGUGCACUGAAAACAUACAGAAGACCAUCAGACUGCUGUUCGGCACCUUCAUUGAGAGAUGGUUGGAUGUCGGUGUUGCCCACCUCACCAGUGCCCCCUGUUGGGUCAUUUACCUACAAGUCCUGCAGGAAGCUGUUUGGCCCGGCGGCACGCUGCCUGCUCAACACUGGCCGGAUCGCAGUCCUGCAGAAAGAGAAGAAACCAAGGAGCAAUGUUUGGACUGUCUGAUGCAGCUGAUCCCAGAGCUCAUCACUGAUAUUCUGGGAAGUGAGAAGUACAGACUGAGCUUGGAGACCAUGCUGGAGUCUGUACAGGAUCAUCAGAUAAACAAGCAUCUGAUCUACUGCGUGUGCGACCUGCUGCUGGAGUUUCUGAUCCCAGAGUCGUGUGACGAGGCCUUUCAGGGGUCUCUGCUGCACAAAGACCCAGAAAGAGACCAUCCUCACACAUGAUCAGCACAUGAUAACACAGUGAUGGAUACCGUGCACAACAUGUGUCAAAAUGGUUUUUUAAGUCUUGAAUUUCCUGUGGGCGGGGCUAACCUUUGACAGGUGCGUGUGAUAGGUAUGCUGUUCUCACCUGUUAAGGGCCUGCUAGCUGGCAACGUCAGAAAUAUUCUGAAAUGAAAACAAAGACAGCUAGCUUUUAAUAUCCAGGAAAGAUAUCCAGAGCAUGGUACUGAAAAAAAAACCAGGAGGGGAAAGAAGUACGCCACUCAAAAAUGGCUAAAUUAAUUUAAAUUAAUUAAAUGUAAUGCAGCAACUUUUCCCAUCAUGGAUACUUCAGUUACCCCCAGUAUAUUUAACCGAUUAAAUGGAUAUAAAUGAAUUCACGCCUAA